AUGGCGAAUGCCGGUGGUCGUCUUACCUAUAGCCAACUGGCAACUGCACUGGUAAUGCGUGAGCGUAUGAUCACUGGGGUAAAGGAGGGGUCUCGUGGGAGCUUGGGAAAGGUUAACUCUGUGAUUGAGACUGGUAAUGGUACUUCUAAAGAAGUGGUAAAAAAGAAGAUAUGCUAUAAUUGGCGACGAGCUGGGAAAUGUCGGUUUGGUAAGUCUUGUAAGUUUGCUCAUACCGACUUCAAAGAUGGUACAGCCAGUGGUCCUCCUAAGCCUCCUAUUGAGAAGUCCUCCGUCACCGUUAGUUCUGUUGAAGUAUCCCCUAAGCAGCCUGACGUUAGGCAGUCUGAAGAGACUGUGGAGAUUACUCAGCGUUUAUUGAACAUUGUGGAUGAUGAUCCCUGUGUUGUAUGUGCUGUUUCAAAGACUAAGGAGAAAUUAGCUGGCCCUACUAUCAGUAUUCCACUUGGUCAGGGUAAGAUAUUGUCCGCUCUCCUGGAUACGGGAGCUUACUAUAAUUAUAUUUCUGCAUCGCUUGUAGAAAAGCUUGGCUUGGCUACAUCUAGUCGAGGAGUGUCUGAGUCAUUACGGGUUACUCUGGCCGAUGGUUCUGUUCGACAGGUGGUGGCUGUGGUCGAUGUUGCCAAAAUCCAAUUUAGGGUUCUUCAAGGUGGUCGAAAUAAGUAUGCCAUCUUGGGUGUCAGGAGUAUGUGUGAUUGUGGAGUUACGUUGUCUUUUGGCGUGAACAGUGAGUCUGAGCGAUCGGUCACCGUAAAAGGUGAGUUGAAGCCAUUAACGGCCAAUAGUGAAGCGGGUAAUGAUCCAGUGAAUAUCGUCAACGAAGACUUUGAUGAUGGUCUCAGUGAUCUCUACCAAGUUGAAGCUGAAGAUGACCCCAUUUCCUUAGUUAAUCAGAUCUCUGAUGCUCCUGGUCUUAUCGUAUCUGGUGGUACGCUGAGUCAUCCCUCUAAGAUUGGUCUGUCUAAUGCUCGGCUAGAAACCGAUGGUUGCAGAAAGACACACCAGAGCAGGUUUGUUGUGCUGAAAUUGAUCUUCCUUUGA